AAAAUUUCCAAAAUCCAUGUGUACUUGGAGCUGUAAAUUCUCUUCAGCUGUCUCUUCCUGUGGUGAGCAAUGCAGUUUCUAUAACAGGAAGUGGCUGCAACUUUUCCAGUACCCGUGCUCCAGCUGUCAAUUGGGCAUGGCUACUGCCAUCAGCCUCUGGCACCUCUUUCCAGCCACUCAUAAGUAGUGCCUACCCUUGCCCACAUUCUAGCACCGCUAUGUUGUCUGUGGUUACUGGAAAGAGCCAGAUCUCCACUUCAGCUGCCUCCUAUCCAGGUAUCCUUAAGUGGGAUACCACAGGAAGCACUGAACAGAAGUCAUCUUCACUUGAAGACUACACUGUGAUUGUCAUUGACCAAGACACAGUUCUUUCUUCCACGUCUAUGGCAGCCCAGUAUGAUAAAACUUCAGUUGCCAAUACUGUGGUCCCUCUGUAUCCGUCACUGUCUGCCAGCCUUGUUCAGGGGACACCAUCUCAGAGUCCAAAUCAGGGACAUAGCCUGUCACUUCCCUACCAGGAGGGAAGCCAGAUGUAUUACUAUUGUCAAGGCACACUGGGGCCUCUACUAUGUGGAGAGCUUGGCUCCUGCCUGCAGUCCUAUGGCUCUGUGUCGUACAUGGAAAAUAGGGCCUCUGCCCCUCAACCAGAGAUAGUGAUGGUGCUGGAGGAGGUUCAGCCCACAAAUGUCCUAACACCAGUCUCCAAGUCUGGAACCUACUACUCGGUGUCCGCUCAAUCCAUGGCAGAAAAAUGCUUUCAAGUCUCUUUAGAAGGCACUUCAGAAUUCUUAUGUGGUAGUGGCAGUUUAAUUUCCCUUAAUUUACACCAGGAUUUCAGACCUUGUGUUCAGAGAUCCNCACUUGAAGACUACACUGUGAUUGUCAUUGACCAAGACACAGUUCUUUCUUCCACGUCUAUUUCAGCCCAGUUUGAUAAAACUUCAGUUGCCAAUAAUCUGUCCAGUAGUGGUUUUGCAGACACCACUAAACUGGUGGAAGAUAUUCACCUUCCCCAGGUCUUGAAUUCCUUGAAAGAUCUUGACCAAUCCAAAGAUCUCACAGCCAUCAAAGCCAAAGACACCACAGCCAUCAAGAUGAAUCAGGUGCAGGACAAGCCGAGUGUCAUAAAGGGUCCAUGCAAUCAGGUCAGGCAGAACAGGCGUAAA